CUCUCGCUCCUCUGUCUCUUUAAUGCACACACACGCACAACCGCGCAACCACACACACGCAUAUACACACUGUCACUCUGUCUGUCUGUCUCUGGUGUACACACACACACACACACACACACACACACACACACACACACACACACACACACACACACACACACACACACACAUACAUGUACAGUAUUACAGAGGAAUCCACUGUGCCGUGCUCCGCUACUGGAAACAGGAAACAUAGGAAACACAGCAAGGAGCUUACGGAGAAUCCACAUCUGUUUGGAUGGUGAGUGUCUGCUUAGAUGUUAUUUGUUUACCUUAAAUCUGCUUCAAAUGGGACCAAAUUCAGAGGCAUGACUUGGGUGUCUUUACCGGGUAGCAUGAUUAAGGAGCCACACGUUUCCUUUCCUCGCACCGCAUCCUCCCCUUUCCCUAUUUUCUCAAGAUUAGGGUGGAAACUGUCAUCGUAAUGGUAAUUCAUAGCUGGGUAGCCAUGGUGAAGUCAAUUUCCCCCCUCCCCUCUGCCGCUGCUGAAUGCAUUAGUCUAAUGAGAUGUCUGCAGCCUGUGUGCCGAGCAGCAGCAGCAGCAGCAGCAGCAGCAGCAGCAGUAGUGUGUUAACCAAAAGGGGACAAAGCCUCAAACAGCAAGGGCAAGAUGGCUCUCCCUGCAUCGUUAGGGAUUUAGCUUUAUAGUCACCUUUAGGCUCCCUGGGAUUUAAAACAAAAGGGGCUCGGCUCUUGGGCUUUCACAAUAGAAGACAUCAGGUAAUAGACACCCUCCUCCUCCUCCUCCUCAUCCUCCUCUGUCAGGUUUAUUGGAGUGUUAUCAGUGCAGGAUGGAGGUGCUGUUUCCUCCCCAGCUCAUGCAUGGCUGCCUUUUGUGUUGUGUGAUUAUAACGAUGCUCUGCUUAAUGCCGCCUCUCUGAACCGCAUUGCUCUGCUGAGUAUUCUGCAGUCUAUCACUGUUUGCACAGUUUGCAUGUCGCUGCUGUACACCAAAGCUGCUCUGACCUGAUGCUAACCCGCUCUGUGAUAUAUGAGAAGAAGGGAAUGGCGUGCAAGAAGAAAGUGCAUGUUUCUUUGCAAUUUCUGCAGCUUGAUUUUGAGUUUUCCCCCUCUUUUGUCUGCAGCUCCAAAUGAGUGUACCUGCAGUGACAGCACAGAAAUCAGACAGCAACAACAAUAACAACAGUGAGAUGCAAUCAGCUGCAGUGGCUCCCUCCUUCAUCCCCAGCCAGGCGGGGAAGAUACCGGGCAGGAAGAGAGGGAGACCCCCACUCCGCAAUGUCGCCAAGAUGGAUUUUCCAAACCGCUACCCUGAGUCGCUCCCUCCGCUCAAAGUGCCAAAGAAGAGGGGGAGAAAGCCAGGCUUCAAGGUCAGCCAGAUGCAGGGGAAAACAUGGGGAUGUGAUGUGUGUGUGUGUGUGUGUGUGUGGAUGCAGUGUGUUUAAAAAUGCAUGUGUACACAGUAAGGCACAGACUCACAGGCUCCAUGCCCUUCAGCUUUUGUGGGACCCCAGUGUGUCAGUAAGAACCUUAACAUCUGUGUCCUGUAAACAUUAUGGAACAACUUUAUGUCAGGAGUGAAAAUAUGCCAUAAACACUCACACAAUGCAUCAUCUGCUGCACAACAACCACAGCUUAAUAUGAUUUUUUUUAUGCUAUCACGAUGACUCUCUAAUCCCUAAUCUCUUCAUGAUUUAGUAAAAAAGCAAUAAACUCCUCUCUCUGCAGCUCAAACCGAGGAUGGUGAUGACGCCACUGGCUAUCUCUCCGCCUAGCAGCACCCCUGAGCCUGACAUGAGUUCAAUUCCUCAGGAUGCAGCCACCAUCCCCCAUUCUGCCACACCCCAGGUGCUCACAGGUAAACCGUAAAACCCCGUAAAUAAUGCACAAACACCCCUUGUCUCUCUCCAAAUUUGCUGUUAAGUCACAAAUAGAUCCCUUUUCGUCUCUUUCUCCCUCUGUCAGUCUGUAUCUACAUCAACAAGCAGGCUAACACAGGCCCCAAUCUGGACAGAAAGAAGAUCCAGCAGCUCCCUGAUCACUUCGGACCCGACCGGCCCUCUGUGGUUCUCCAGCAGGCCGUCCAAGGCUGCAUCGACAGCGCCUUUCAGCAGAAAACGGUCUUCACCCUCCUCACGCAAGGCUACGGGGGAGAAAAGAUAUCAGGUGUUGUACAGAGACCUCCCUCAGGUGUUGCUUUCUAUUUGUUCAGCAGCUUCAUUUUCCUUUGUAUUCUGGUGCUCCUCAGUAGAAAUCAUGCUUUAGUAAAAGUCCAAUUUGUCGGGGAAUCGCUGCUAAACUGUCGUGUUGUGUCUAUUUCGCCCCUACAGCCACGUUUGAUGGGAAGCAGCACCUUCUCAGCCUCCCCGUGGUGAACAGCAUCGACUAUGUGCUCCGUUUUCUCAAGAAGCUCUGUCGCAGCUUGCACUGUGAAAACCUCUUCAGUGAUCAGCCCAUUACCCAGCACAGCGGUGGCUCCUACCAGUCAGAUGGUACUUCUGAAAUCUUUGUUAUAAAAGCCCCUCCCCCAGAUACAAACAAACACUUUCAAGUAAUUGUGACUUUAAUCUCGUCUUUAGCCGAAACAGAGGACUACCAGCUGGAUCAGUCUGACGGCAAACGCUACUCCGUGGAUCCGGGGGAUUCUGCUUUCAGCUCCAUCGGCUCGACAUACUCGCCAAAGUCCUCCUACGGGUUCCGUUCACAGCAGCAGUUCUCAAACGGCUCGGCCUCCAUGAGCAUGUGCCGGCAGUCGUCCAACAGCCCGAGCACAUUUCCAGAGAGCAACAGGACAGGUGAGAAGUCAAAGCGGGUUCAUUGAUUUUCACGUCUUUGAGGUACAGGAAUAAAGCUUCAGUCUUUCUUUGGUUCUUCCAGGAGGUUACACGGCAUCUUCAGAGUCCCAGGAGUCCAAAGCUCCUCCCAAUAAAGACCCCUCCACCUGGUCUGUGGAAGAUGUUGUCUGGUUUAUCAGGGAUGCCGACCCACACGCUCUCGGCCCUCACGCAGACAUCUUCAGGAAACACGUAAGCUUGUCUCAUUUUUCACGCUGUCGUUUCUCAAUAUUUGAUUUUGACUGACUUGACUUCCUUCCUCUUCUUCUUCUUCUCCUCUUAGGAGAUCGAUGGAAACGCCUUGUUACUCUUAAAGAGUGACAUGAUCAUGAAGUAUCUGGGACUCAAGCUUGGGCCGGCGUUGAAGCUUUGCUACCAUAUCGACAAACUAAAGCAGACCAAGUUCUAAAACCCUACAAAGCUAUAUUCUUUCUCUUCAAUCUAACGGUACUUUUGAGACGGGGUCAUACCUUGGACUCCAGGUCUGUGAGCCAAUGUGAAGGGAGAAGGGUUGGAGUUAUGGGUGCUAAAAAGCUAGAUUUGAAACUUUCUCGUAAACUGCAAAAAGUAAUUAUGAAAAUACUUGAAUUGUUAAUAAACAAAGUGUUGUCAGAAUGAUAAUAGCGCUGUAACUUUCAUGUAAAAGAGACGCCACAAAGUAAAGAUCCAAAGAAGCAACAAGCAGUCAAAUAUUUAAACAGACACCUACAUUAUAAAGUUAACAUCCUCAGCAGGCUAACAUCUCCUUCAAGCUAUUUGUGAUUUUGUGACUUUUAUUUUUUUUAGGUAAUUUAUGAAAGCAGAAAUUUUAUAACCUUAUCCUGCGCGUCGGCAGCUCCACACGCCUUUUACUGAAGCUGAAACAGUCAUCUAGUUUGCCAGCAUAGCUCAGUGUCCUUCUGUUUUUAUUUGCACAGUCAGAAGUUGCCAUGAAACAUCACCACGUGUUUAGAGUCACGUUUGUGUCCUGCUAAUGAAUGUAACUCUGAUAUGGACUCUCUUUGAGCUCUGUUUUUGGUCUGAACCAGCUCUAGAGGGAAAUAUCUGACUCUUUAGGUGCUAAGUGCUCCACUAUGCUCACCAGCCAGCCAGUAAGGGUUCUCGUUUUGUACUACAGCUGUUGUUUUUAAACCCAAAGUGAGGCGAAGUCAGCAUUAUCAUCCGGCUCCAGGCUUACUGAGACCACGUCCAUGUUAGUCUGUGGAUGAGAACUCGCUUUAGAGCUCUGCGAAGCUAAAGGGAGCUGCAGAGAGUAUUUCUGAAUGUCCAAACCAAGGGCUGGAAUAAAGAAAGUUAAAAGGCAGUGAGGAGCUUUCAUCCUAUCGGCACACAGACCUGGAGUCCGUAGUUUAACCCUCUUGGUAAAAUUCUGCUGAAGAUUUCCAUGAUGUCAUGUAGUGAUAACAAAUUCAUCCCUCUCUUUCUCUCCUCUCCUACUCGCUCACUCGACUUUUUCGGCACAGAUUUGAAGCUAAAAAAACCAUCCGAUUGUAGAAAACACCCUUCACACACACACACAUGUUGACAUCAUGUAAAAAGUUAAAGGCCGGUGUACUGACGAGUUUAGUCUCACAAACCUUUGUGAGCAGCACAUUUUUCUGCUGCAUGCAGAUCUCAUUAUAUAUACCGUGUAUUCAUCAUCUGACUAGAAAUGUAUAACAGAACAGAAAACACUUUAUACCUUAAAAAAUCUCACUUUGUCGAAACGUAUCAUACGAUCUUGUUUACUUGUGUUUACCGGGCUGAAAACAUAUCUAUACCUGUACUGAAAUAUGGUGCAUUAACUACAGCAUUGCUUUUUAAUUGAGAGAUUUAGGAAAAUCAUUUUGAUACUAUUUUUUCACAUUACUGUGUAACAAAAAAAAGGUAAUGAUCUCAUUGGAUUUUUCAUUUUUUGUUAUAAUUUUCAUAUUAAAAAAAAGAAUAUAACCUUAACAAAACAUAGCCUACAUAGAAAGAUGGUAGCUCUCCUCUGAUUAUAUAUGACGAAAAUGAGAGGAUUGUGAACGUGAACGAUAUAUUUAUGUUUCAAUAUGCAAGAUUAUGACAUGCCAAUUAUCUCCAGAAGCUCUUCAUAUAUACACAUACAAACAUUUUUUAAUUCCUGUUUCUAUCAGUAUUGAUGAGGACGUUGUCAAACUCUUUAAUGUUACACUAGGAGAACCUGCGCGGCAGUGUAAAUGGGUAUAUAAUAUAAUAUUGCUUUUGUAUACCACUUUAGGUGUACAGUAUGCAUCCUUUUUUAAUCAAUUAACCUUUGUAAGUGAAUGCUGCUGUAAAGAUAUUACAUGUAAGCCAUGCCUAGUGAGAUCAAGCUACGGUGUUUAAUUUGGGAAAUCACUAUGAAUAAAAGUUUUAGAGAAAGCUGAGUGAGUCAGUGCUCGAUGCUGGUGCUAAAGUUAACGAUGUAUUUAACUGUUUGCCUUUGUGUUUGUGAGAUGUAAAGGAUAUGUGUAUACUGUACUGUAUGUGAGCAUUAAAUUAAGGAAUCAAGUAAUCAGAGAUUUAUGUGUGAGAUUUUUUUUUU